AUCAAAGAACCAAAACAAGCAUUUCUGGAAAUAGAGCUAUCACCUAUGGCUUCUUGUUCAACUUCAACCACCACACCUCUCACAACCGCCGAUCAAGGUGGUGGCACGGCGAUCUCGGCCGUCCAUCCCGACAUCAUCCAGACCCACAUCCUCACCCGACUUGAUGGCCCCACUCUCGCCUCCGCGGCGUGCGCAUCGUCCCACAUGCACGCCCUCUCCACCGAAGAAAAACUCUGGCGGGACAUCUGCGCCGCCACCUGGCCCUCCAUUGACCACCCCCGUAUCCGCCACGUCAUCUCCUCGUUCCCAUCCGGACACCGCUCCUUUUUCUCGGAUUCAUUUCCAGCCCUCGAUCACCGCUCUCCGGCGCCGAAGAAUCGGCCCCACCGUCCAUCUCUCCCGUCGGAGUUAAUUUCCGCAGUCGAUAUUCACUACAAGCACGAGCUUAUCUUCUCCAAAGUCCAAGAGUCCGAAACCGAGACUGCCUGGUUCCUCUGCUCGCCUUUCCGGGUCGACCUACUUGACGAGAAAGAGUCCGUUCGAACGCCGAUACGACACGUCGGAGAGGGCGAAGCGUGGCUCAAGAGCCUCGAGGAGAACUUGACCCUGACCUGGAUCGUCAUCGGCCCGUCCCGAAAUUGCGCGGCAAACGUGUCCAGCCGGAGACCCGUGUCGGUGCAACGGCACUGGUUGACCGGGGAGAUACAGGUCCGGUUCGCGACGAUCAUGGCUGGCGAAACGUCGUCGUCGUCGGAGUUGGUACAGUGCGGGGUGGUGGUCACGUGCGGGGGGAAGGUGGGAGGGGAGGUGCACGUGAGGGAGGUGAGCUUGCAGGUGGAGGACAUGGAGGGGAAGCAUAUGAACGGGAGGGACAGUUUGGUAAUUUUGCAGGCCGCCAUGGAAAGCGGAAGGAGAAAGAAGGAGAGGACAGGUGAAGGGAAAGAGAGGUUCGAAGAGUUUUUAGAGAUGAAGAGGGAGACAAGGAAGAGAAAGGAGAAGAGAGAGAGGGGUUUGGACAUGCUUUUCAUUUUCACUGGGGUUGCCAUUUUCGUGGCCUUCUGGUCCUAUGUUUUGUUCAGAUAGGGAAGGGAAACCGUUAGUCCUACAGUUACUAUACAGUUGAAUAUCAGUAGCACACAGCAGACGAAGAAAGAGAAAAGAAAAAGGGAAAGCCUUCAUUAUAUGAUUAAAUUUAUUCACAAUUUAUGAUUGGAUCAGGAAAAAGAAAUAAAAAGUGCAAUGCAAUUGGAAGAUUUUCUCA